AUGAAACAGAACUCUCCAUCCACUUCACCUUCAUCUCAACCAAUGCACCAAAACGUCAAGUACAGCAAUAACUUAGUGUUGUUUGAUCGAAUGCUUAACAAUGUCUAUGAGGACUCGCUGACUUACUCAGAUGACUAUGAUGACUACAUCAAUCACCGUCAAAGACAAGCGAUGCCAAUGAUUAACCCAGGAGCUCAAUCACCAACUGUUCGCACUUCACGUCAACAACAUAGACCAAUGUCUCAACAAGAGUAUCAACAUCAACUUCAACUUCAACAACAUCAACAACAACAACAACAACAGUAUUACCAAGAGUAUCAACAUCAACAUCAACAUCAACUCCAUCAACAACAACAACAACAACAACAACAACAAUAUCAUGGACAGUCAAUGUCUCCUUUGAGCGCAUCACCUUCAAGCACGUCCACGUCUCCAACGACCAUGCCUCCAUCAAUCUACAACACAUUCAAGCCUCAGUACUCACCACAACAGCAACAACAACAACAGCAACAACAACAGCCUCGUACACCUUCAUAUCCUACGCCAGGAUCAUCAACGACGACAUCCUCAUCGCGCAGGUCAACACCAAUGUCCUCCUCGUCCUCAUCAUCCAAGCUGAAGCACUCACAGACCUUCUCCUCGUUCCAUAACUACGCACCCCAACAACAACAACAACAACAACAUAUCAAUGCUCAGCCACCAAUCAAGAGGGCGCCAUCCUUCCCUGGACCCUACUCCUCAAGCCGUGAUGUGCAACAACAACAUGCCACGCCUCACCGACAACUGGACUUCAAGUUAAUCAUUGACAGGUCCAAGGCUGUGGACCCUGGCUCAGUACUGGCACUCCAGCUCCCAAACCAACAUAUACACAGUGUCAACAACGACGGCUUUGAACUGUUCAAGAAGUUGAACUAUCUCGACCUUAAAUACAAUAAUAUUGUACACUUCAAUCCAUUCUCCAUAUUUCCAAACCUUGUCGAGUUGUAUUUAUCACAUAACAAUAUACAACAUCUCCAACAUCAUGAUGGAUUCACAAACUUGACGAAACUUGAUCUUUCACACAAUAAUAUCGACUCCAAUCACAUUGAGCAUCUGAUGAACAUACCAAAGUUGGUCUGUCUCGACCUCUCAUUCAACAACAUCGAAACAUUGCCUCAGGCAAUGUCCUCAUUCUCCUGUCUCAAAACACUCUCACUCGACAACAACCAGCUGUCACAAAAGAACACCAUGGAGAGUCUGUCUACCAUCCCCAGUUUAAGAUUACUCAAUUUGAGUAACAAUAACUGGGACCGAAUCUUCCCAAUCAAUGGCUGCUUCCAGUCUCUGAUGGAGCUGUCCCUGUAUAACAAUGAUAUAUCGAAUCUCCAGAACAUAUCCAAUCUCUAUCACACGUCAUAUCCAUUGCUCACUCGCGUCCAACUGUGGGGCAAUCCCCUCAAGUCGACGGCCGUGGACUUCCAGGUGACCAAGUCGAUCCAGUUGAUCACCGACCCACCCGUCACCAGUGGCGGACACCACAAUGCGCACUCCCCUCUGCACUCUGUCGAUCAAACGUUCAAACAGAAGCUUCCAUUCACAUAUCCACUCAAGGACAGGAAGAAGUCGUCGACAUCGUCGUCGUCAAGCGGCGUCAUGACCAUGGGCGGCAGUGGCAGCGGGGUUGUUGGCAAGCCACCCGCUAUGCCCGUGGAAACACCAAGGUCAUUCUAUCAUCAGUCACCCAACAAGUUGAAUCAGUCUGAACCGAUAUUCUAUCGCAACCACGAUCUGGACGUGGCUGGACACGGCAUCGAACCAUUCCACUCGACGCCGUACAAGCCACCCCCUCCCAUGCGCUACUCUGACCAAACUGCGAUCUUUUACAAUCAGCAGCAACAGCACAUCUCUGCCGAUUCCAUCGAACAGCUUGACGAUGGAGCUUUUAUUGAUAGCGUCGUUGAUCAUCUCCAGCAGCAACACCAUCUUGAGAGUGAUACCUUGUCGGAUGAUCUCGAUGAGGAGGUUGACGUUGAUGUCCACCAUCACUCAUCAUCGUACGAUGAUACACUGGCGUCCUCAUCUUCAUUGAGCCAUCAUCAAUAUCUACGACCACCUGGUCGAAUGCAUCAACAACAGCAACAUCAGCAGCAACAUCAACAAGAGAGAGAAUUUUACGAACCACAGCUGCCAAUCUAUCUCAACGACAGUCUUCAAAUCAAUGAAUAA